AUGAGCGUUCAUUCAUUUGAUCACGCAGCAUUUGCCAACACGCCGUCGCCACGAUCUGAAGCGGGACCGGAUCAUCUCCCAGAUAUUGAGGCUCAUCCACGCCCACUACACCGAACGGUUUCUCCCACCAACUGGGAAAAUGCGUCACCAGAGUCGCAUACGGUUCCUCCGCGUCAAAAUUCGCAGGAGACCGUAAGGUACCGUGCACGUCGGGCAAAUACUGCUCGCUCUUACCGUCCGGACACCGUUGCACAUGACCCCAACUGGCAACCUGGGACGGAGCCCGGUAUCGACCCUACCAGGCCACUCCCAGCGUACAAUGCAGAAUGGAUGACUUCAAUAGCGACGAGCUUGCAUCGUCGUUGCGAGAUAACAGUAGUGGACUUUUCCCAGCAUGAAAUGCGACAGUAUGCACUUGACAAUGAUACAAUAGAGUCAUUCAUGUCCAGGGAACGAGAGCCCUGGGUUCAAUGCAGAUGGAUCAAUGUCAACGGACUUAGCUGGGAUGUUAUUAGGGUCCUGGGUAACAAAAAGGGAUUACACAGACUUGCCCUCGAAGAUUUGAUUAACGAAACGAACCGUACCAAGGUGGAUUGGUACUCGGACCAUGCCUAUAUCGUCCUUACCCUACAGAAGCUUAUCAAUAUGCGACAGGAGUCCAGCGACUCGGAAGAGGAGGAUGAGGACAGCAGUGUAGCCUCGAGGCCAGAGCGGAGAAGUUCGAUUCUCAGCAGCAAAUCUGUGUCUCUAAAGAAAGCGACCAGACGCCGUGUCAUUCAAGCAGCAUUGAAAGAUAUCUUCUGGAAUAGAACUCGAAAAUCUGAAGCGGAGAAUAGGGACACUGAUGGGGCUGGAGCUGGAUUUCCACGUGAAAUGAAUGGGACUACAAAACAACCCAGAUUUGGUGGCGUAGCUGACAUUCCAGGCACUGCGCGCAGCAUUCAGCGGUACCGAGGCGGUCCAAAUGAAGACCGGAUUGCUUUCAUGGAGCGCCACGCUGUAUUGGCACCUAAGGGUUUGGCAGUGACCCUUGAACAGGUAUCAAUAUUCCUCCACGCUGACAAUACCGUGACAUCCUUCUUCGAGGCAAGCGCAGAAGAGAUUGAGGCUCCUAUUACUAGGCGUCUCGCGCAAUCGGAGACAAUCUUGCGCCAGUCUUGUGAUGCUAGCAUGCUCGUGCAAGCUAUCUUGGAUGCCAUUAUUGAUCUGGCAAUACCGGUCACCACGGCUUAUCAGGACGCAAUCGGCGAUUUGGAACUCGAUGUCUUGACAGAUCCAGACGUUGACCAAUCCAAGAGUCUAUAUAUCCUGACCUCUGAGAUCUCGAUCCUCCGCAGCGCUAUGCAGCCGAUUGCGACUAUCAUCAAUGCUCUUCGAGAUCACCGUUCUGAGCCCGUCAGCACCCCUGGCCUAGGGGUUAUUAGACCCCCAGGCUUUGCCACACCUUCCUCCACCGGUCAAGGACACAUUGGGCUCGCCACCCCAAAUCUCAUGAGCAUGGGGGGCGAUGCUCUAGACCAUUGCAUUACCAUUGUCGAAGGAUACGACCAGAUGAGACGGGCCGCAGACAACAUGAUUGAUUUGAUUUUCAACACAAUUGGUGCCUACCAGAACGAGAGUAUGAAGCAGUUGACCCUUGUGACCUGCUUAUACCUUCCUCUUACAUUCUUAACGGGUUACUUUGGCAUGAACUUCGAGAGGUUCACUGGGGUUACUGAGCAUAGUGAUGCGUAA